AUGUCUGGGAUGGUGGCACUGUCGAUCGAUCGCCUCGAGCUCCAGCGCCCGUCCCGCACGCGUCCGCUCAAGAUCGCCGCCAACGCCAGGAAAGAAGCCAAUGCGUGUAACUCUAACUCCUCCCCUGUGACGCCCUCGAUCGAUCGCCGCGAGCUCCUGGCCGGGGCCAUUGCCGGUGGUGCGUCUCUCGCCCCAUCAGUCGACAGCCCCGCGCUGGCGGAUCCGCUAGGACUGCCCUCGUUCAAGCACUGCCACCGCGCCACCAUCAGCGACGACAUCAACCGGCGGUGCUGCCCCCCACAGCCCAAGCGCGCCACCAUCGACUUCAAGCCCGACUCAGGCCCGAUGCGCGUCCGCCCCGCUGCCCACCUCGUCGACAAGGACUACAUCGCCAAGUACAACGAGGCCUACGCCAAGAUGCGCGCCCUCAGCCGGGGCGACCCGCGCAGCUUACGUCAUCAGGCCAAAGUCCACUGCGCCUACUGCAACUAUGGCUACCGCCAGGAGGGCGCCCCAAAGCAGACGCUCCAGAUCCACUUCAACUGGCUCUUCCUGCCGUGGCACCGCUGGUAUCUCUACUUCCACGAGAAGAUCUUGGGGAGCCUGAUCGGGGAUCCUAGUUUUGCGCUCCCAUUCUGGAGCUGGGACCAGGAGGGCGGGAGGUAUAUCCCAGACAUGUUUCGCCGCGAGAUCGCCCUCUACGACAAAAAGCGCGACACGAGUCACUAUGACACACGGGUGGACCUCAUCUACUCCGGCUCUGAUGGGAAGAGCGACGAGCAGAUCCGCGAGGACAACCUCUCAAUCAUGUACAACAACGUCGCAAAGGUGAAGCAGCCGGACGCGUUCUUUGGCUACCCCAUCAGGAAAGGCAGCAGCAGCGUGAAUGGCCCAGGGGGCGUGGAGAGGGCGCCACAUAAUGCUCUGCACAUAUUUUGCGGCAGCCCCAAGGAGCCGGGUUACGAGGACAUGGGCAACUUCUACUCGGCCGGUAGAGACCCUCUCUUCUACUGCCACCACGGUAACGUCGAUCGGAUGUGGGACGUGUGGAGGUCUCUGGGAAACAAGGACUUCACAGACCCGGACUACCUCAACACCGAGUUCCUCUUCUUUGACGAGAACCAAGAUCUCGUUCGCGUCAAGGUGAAAGAUUCCCUCAACAACGAGAAGAUGCUCAAGUACAAGUACCAGGCGAUGCCUGACGACAAGAGCUGGAUCGCCUACGAGCCCAAGCCACUGAAACAGACGCCCUGGAGUGGAUCGUCGUAUGAGUAUCGGCUGGUGAAAGCAUCAGCUGAGAACCCGGAGGCCUUGGAAGUUCGAACGGAGCCGGUGACAAUCACGGUGGAUCAGCCCAAAGGCAGCGCUUGUGACGAGAUCCUGGUGCUGGAGGGCAUGGAGAUUGACAUGCAAUUACCCAUGAGCUUCAACGCGUUCAUCAACCUGCCCGAGGCCAACAAGAACACGCGCGUCAGCUGUGCCGAGUACGUGGGCUCUUAUUCCAACGUCCCCCACUUCAUUCUCAAGAGCGGUGAGCACACCGAGAUCGUGAACAUCACCUUCUCUAUCAAGGCUAAUGUCGAGAUCCUGGGCCUAAAGUCAGCGGACAAGCUCGUUGUGACUCUGGUGCCGACCGGACAGACUGGCUUCACAUUCAAGGGGGCUUCCAUUCAGUAUGCUUGA